UGUUCCAGAACACCUGUUGCAGCCAUGAUGCCUGUUGCAACCAUGAUGCCUGACGACACACCGAUGUUUGACCCAAAUAUUCUGCAUGAACUCGACUGGAGCGAGAACACGACGACGUUUUCUCCUGCUAUUUCUCCUUUAGAUCCAGGAGAUGGCCUAGUUUUGAGACCACUUUGCACAGCUGAUUUGAAUCGAGGCUUUUUUAAGGUUCUGGGUCAGCUGACUGAAACUGGAGUUGCAAGCCCGGAGCAGUUUAUCAAAACCUUUGAGCACAUGAAGAGAUCUGGAGAUUACUACGUUACUGUCAUAGAAGACACAAAUCUUGGACAGAUUGUUGCUACAGCAACGCUGGUUAUAGAACAUAAGUUCACUCACUCCUGUGCAAAGAGAGGAAGGAUAGAAGAUGUAGUAGUAAGCGGGGAGUGCAGAGGAAAGCAGCUUGGUAAACUAUUAACGUCCACUCUUACAUUGCUAAGUAAGAGACUGAACUGUUACAAAAUUACACUUGAGUGUCUGCCAAAAAACGUGGAUUUCUAUAAGAAGUUUGGCUAUUCGGUAUCUGAAGAAAACUACAUGUUUCAACGGUUCUUUAACUAAGACCUUCUAGUCAUUUUUUUUUUUUGUAAAGACUGUUGGUGGAGGAGCUUGUGCUACAAACAUUCUCUUCAUGGAAAAUUUAUAUAGUUUAUUGCUGCAAAUAUAACAAUCCCUAUAAAUAAUGAACAUCAAAUGUGUAAAUCCUGAAAAAAAAAAUUACUGACAUUUUAGAAGGGUCCUCUGGGUUAGAAAAUGAGCGCUUAGAACUAAUUUUUACUACUGUUCAGUCUAAGUGAAGCUUUUUUGUUCUAGCUGAGUUACAAAGGACUCUUGUUAAAGGGAUGGUUUUUAACCAAAGGUAUAUAUUUUUAUC